AAUUUGCGGAGACUUGAACUAAGUGUUUUUCGGAGAUUCAACGGUACAGACUCCAAAAUGAAGUUCGCAAUCCUCGCAGCCCUCGUCGCCCUGGCUGUCGCCGCGCCCCCCACCAACGACGAGCAGCUCAUCAUCACUAAGAAGUUCUACCCCGACUCCUUCGCUGUCUACACCGGCCACCACGACAUCGUAGACAUCGUCGUACCCCUCAAUCAGAUCAACUACUCCGAAGACAGCAACGAAGACACUGACGAAACUAAACUCACUGUCUUCUUCGUCGAAGCUGAUCUCAAAAACGAUGGAACUUACGACUACAAAGGAUUGUACACCUACAAGAACGGCGUAACCAAGAAAGUGCUUGAGAACGGACAGUGCACGACUUAUGCUAAGAACAAGAUUGUCUACUUCGGCGCUAGCGACGGCAUCUACAAGUAUAAUGAGCACGAUCAGACUGCGACCAAAUAUGGUACCGUUACUGAGAGCGUCAUCAGAAUGGCUGUUGAUACUGAAAAUGCUCACGUAUAUUACUUAACUUCAAACUACGUUUUGUAUAAAUAUGAUGAAGACGAGAAGGUGUCAACUAAAGUUGAAGCAGUUAAGGACGCUAGAAACAUCGUCUUCGAUUACAACGGUAUGAUGUUCUUCUACAACGGCAAUCACCAGUUCUACACUUACAACGGCCAGCGUGUCCUUAAAAUCGAGGGUCUCCCAGCGCACCCUACUAAAGUAACACUCAUCAGGCCUCCAGUAAUGAUCAACCAGGCAUACGCUGUUAUUGACGGCCGUCUUUAUGAGCUGAAUGUGGAUGGUACCAGUGAUAUAUCACCGAUUAAGUUCCAGUCUCAACCCACCGCGUACGCCCCGGACACCAUUGUGUACCAAUACUAUGCUUACAAGCAGAAGAUUUACUUGUACAACCUGAUUACUCUGUUUGCUGAUAAGCACAUUGACGAACUGAAUGAGUUCUUUGAAGAUCAGCAGGAACAGAUUAACGCUUACAAGAAUACGAAGGUUUCUAGCCGUUUGUAAUUUGUUUUGACUGAAUAAAACUGCUAUGAUUUAU